GCGCGUUUCCGCUUCCGUCACCUCCGCGGCGGCUAGUAGUUCCCGGAGUGACGGUGUGACCGUCCACAUCUCUGCGCUAUGUCCGGUGGCCUCCUGAAGGCGCUGCGCAGCGACUCCUAUGUGGAGCUAAGCCAGUACCGGGACCAACACUUCCGGGGUGACAAUGAAGAACAGGAAAAACUACUGAAGAAAAGCUGUACACUAUAUGUUGGAAAUCUUUCCUUUUACACAACUGAAGAACAAAUCUAUGAACUCUUCAGCAAAAGUGGUGACAUAAAGAAAAUCAUUAUGGGCCUGGAUAAAAUGAAGAAAACAGCAUGUGGUUUCUGCUUUGUGGAAUACUAUUCAAGAGCAGAUGCUGAAAAUGCCAUGCGGUACAUAAAUGGAACUCGUCUGGAUGACCGGAUCAUUCGCACAGACUGGGAUGCAGGCUUUAAGGAGGGCAGACAGUAUGGCCGUGGACGGUCUGGGGGCCAGGUACGAGAUGAGUAUCGACAGGACUAUGAUGCUGGGAGAGGAGGCUAUGGAAAACUAGCUCAAAACCAGUGAGCAGUUAAGAAUCCCACCAAGAAAAAUUCACUCCUUUGGCCUGCUGAAUUUCACAUACAUUACCCAAGGUCUGCAAACCUGCUAUUUUUACCAAGCUUUGAGAGCCAGAAGCCCACUUCAUGGUUUUCCUCUGAAAAUUAUUAAAGGACAAAGUUCAAAAGAAUGUCUUUAAUUCUAGUCUUAGAAUAUUGACCAUGUGUCAGGGUACCAUGAUUUCCUUACCAGGUCAAGACUGUGUUCCUUGGCAACAGAUUUUAUCUAUAAUGUUGAUCUAACAAAAAACCCACACAUAUACCAAAACACACUUCUUUUAGGAAAACUGAAAAUAAUUAAAAUUUUGUUUGCCAUAUUGAUGUCUAAGUAGGUCCGUGGUCUACACUGGGGCCUGGAAUUACUAUUUAAAAACUUUUCAGUUUCCUUGAGAUGAAGUUUAAUAAAUCAAUUUUUGUGAUAUUGUAUAGCUUUUCUUCUUUUUUUUUUUAAUUCCCACCUGAUGACAUGCCUAUUGGUUUUAGAGAAAAGGGAAAGGAGGUAAUGGGGUGGGGGGCAGUGGAGGGGGGGACAUCUAUGUAAGAGAAACAUCAAUUAGUUGCCUCUAAUAUGCCCCCAAACCAGGCACCAAACCUGCAACCUAGGCAUGUGCACUGACUGGGAAUUGAACCCAUAACCUUUUGGUUUACCCAGGGCAAUAUUGUAAAGCUUUGCUCUAAAUUAGGAACAAAUAUUGACAACUUAAUUUAUUUCUGUUGAAUUCUAAUCUCUAAAUGCAAAUUUAGGUGUUAAGAAAAUUCCCUAAAUAGUUGGUCCAAAAGUAAGCCUUACAGCCCCAGGGGAUACCACCCGCUUACAUAUCAGGAAAUUAGGUUUGGGACUGGAAGAGUAUUUACUAAACACCUUUUUCAAAAGAUGUGUUUUUCCUGAGGUUAAAAAAAAAAUAAGAGUUGAUUUGUAUUAUAGAGUACCUUGAAUACUCUAAGGGAAGUGGGGAACAGUGUCAUUAAGAAAUGGGUUGAAAUAUCAGAGGACAUGAGUUAAAACAUUGCCUUGAUAUGCUGAAGAUUGCUGAGAGGGCCAUCAGGUUUAUUCUUUUCAUUUUCAUCGGGAAUGAAGUAACUUUU